ACCUGCUAGAAAUCAGAAACGAACAAGGAAGUCUGGCCCUGAGGAUUGGAUGUUAGUCUUAACAAAAACAAAAUACAUCACCGACGGAUAGUCGAUAUCUGUUGUGCAGUUGUUAGCUACGUCGCUGUGACAAGAUGUUUAAAAAACUCAAGCAAAAGAUAAACGAGGAGCAGUCACCCCAGAGGAGUGCGCAGUCACCUCAGCAGGCCCAGACUGGUGGUGGAGACCGGCGCAGCAGCCAAACCCCUCCUUUUCAUGAGGACGGUACACCUCCAAGUGACAGAGAGAUGCUGGCCGGGAUGAUAGCAGAGCCCGCUUUUCUCUCUGAGUAUACUAUCUUUGCUCUGGACCAUUCAAUACGACCCAAAACAGCCCAGGUAGCCAGUGUGAGUGCCUCCAAAGGACCUGCGAGGUCUCCCGGAGGAAGCAUCAAUGGGGACGGAAGUGCUUCUCCUCAUAGAGAGGAGUCACAGUCAUUUGCUCAGAAACUACAGCUGAAAGUUCCUUCAAUGGAGUCGCUGAUUCGUGGUGGCGCCAGUCGAGCAGAAAAUCUGUUCCGCUCUCCGUCUAAAGAAAACCUGGUCCGGAGCUCAUCACAUGACUCCUUAACACCUUUGGGAGAAAAUGAGUCCCCGGGUGCCCCCGUGUAUGAUCCGCCCUCAGAUAUUGAGAGUGAAGCUGAGGAACCAUCAGGAAGUGCAGAGUCUCUCUCUAAAGAGCAGUUGCUGCACCGACUCCUGCAGGUGGAGAGAAGCCUGGGGAAGUACAGAGGAAAGUACUCAGAGCUGGUUACUACAUACCGAACAGUACAGCGAGAAAAAGAGAAAACGCAGGCCAUCCUCAGUCAGAGUCAAGAUAAAGCUCUCCGCAGGAUAGGGGAGCUUCGGGAGGAGCUUCAAAUGGACCAGCAGGCCAAAAAACACCUACAAGAAGAGUUUGAUGCAGCCCUGGAAGAAAAGGACCAGAUGAUCACUGUCCUCCAAACACAAGUUGCUUUGUUGAAGAAACGAGUGAAGGGGGUCUCUGAUGGCUCACCCCCACCUGGAGGCGAGGUCCCUCAGUCUGAGGUGACGGAAGAUUCUGCAUCUGCAAUGCAGAGUCCAUCUAAGGAGCAAGCCCUGGAGUUUGCUGAGGGAGAGGGCAACAGUGAUCCAACCAAAGUCAUGGAGGCUCUGCAGAAGAGGGUGAAAAGGCAAGAAAACCUGCUGCAGAAAUGCAAAGAAGUGAUGCGCACACACAAGGAGCGGAGUGCACAGCUGAGCAGUGAAAAUGAAACGCUGCAGGAGCAGCUGCAGGAGAGACUGCAGGAGCUGGAAAAGAUGAAGGAGCUGCACACAACAGAAAAAACCAAGCUGAUCACUCAGCUCCGAGAUGCCAAGAACCACAUUGAACAGCUGGAACAGGACAAGGGAAUGGUCAUCGCUGAGACCAAACGUCAGAUGCACGAGACCCUGGAAAUUAAAGAAGAGGAGAUUGCACAGCUGCGUUCCAGGCUUCAGCAGGCUACUGCCCAGAAAGAGGAAUUGCAGGAACAAAAAGAAAAAGCUGAGAAAUCAGCUUUUGAGGAGCUUGAACGGGCUUUGGGUGUUGCUCAGAGGGCAGAGGAGGCCAGAAAACAGCUGCAGGUUCAGCUGGAGGAGCAAGUGAAAGAAGUUGAGAGGGCCAGUGAGGAAGAGAGGAGGAGUCUUCAGCAGGAACUCACGCGAGUCAAACAGGAAGUCGUCACCAUCAUGAAGAAAUCAUCAGAGGAAAAUGUGGCUCGUUUGGAGAAAGUUCACAGUGAAGCUUUGGCUGCUAAAGAAGAGGAAAUAAAAGACAGAAUCAGCAAAGCAGUGGAGCAAUGCAAAGAGGAGUUUGCGCAGCUAUCUAAGGAACGAGAGCAACAAGCCACUCUGGCUCUGGAGGAUGCAGAGUUGCAGAAAACUGCUAUAAGAACAGAAGCUGACAACAAGGUUAAAGAGAUACAGCUGGAGCUGGAGACUACAAGAACUAGGAUAUUGGAGUUGGAGAGCUCUGUGGACAAGAGCUCACAAGAUGAAUCCAGCCUGUCUCAUGAACUUUCUAGUCAGCUGGACGAGCUGAAGAAUAAACAAAACGAGCAAAUCACUGCAUUGAAAGAAAAGCAUCAGGAGCAGCUGGAAAAGCACAAGGAGACUCUAACCCAGGAGCUCCAGGAAAAACAUGGAGCUGAAAUGGAGAGCCUACUGAAAGAUAAAGAGUUGCAGUUCCAAGCUCAUGUCGAAGACAUGAACCAGAAGACUUUAGAGAAACUGGAUGCAAAGCAAGCAGAGUUGGAGGCGCUUUCUGCUGAACUUUCAGAGGUGUUGAAGAUUAAGCAGUUUCUGGAGGAGAAGCUGGUUGCAACUGAAGAUGCUUCAAGGGUAGCUCAACAGGAACAUGAGGAAAGGUUUCACGAUCAGGUAUCAAAGCACAGUGCUGAGCUUGCAAAUGUCAAACAAGAGCAUGAACAGUCACUUGGAGGUAUUGAGAAAACUCUAAAGGAGGAACUUAAUGCAUUGAAAAUAAUUUUGAAGGAAAAGGAAAAAGAGAUUGAACAGCUUAUCCUGAAAGAAAAAACACUACAAGAGGAAUUACAUUCCAAUGCACAAAAAUUAGAAGACAAGAUUAAGGAAUUUGAAGAACUGCAGCACAGUUUAUCACAAGCCAAGCAAGAAAAUGGGAACCUAAAGGAAUCUAAUGCACAGUUAAGUAAGAUCUCUGUGAAUCUCGAUCAGUGUAAGAAGAAUUUGACAGAAUUGGAGCAUCAGUUGGAAGUAGCAAAAGAUGAUUGCCAGCAAAAAGAUAAAUUACUUCAAGAAGUACAGCACCAAUUACAAGAGACCAAAAAUGAGCUUGUAGAAAAGGAGAAGUCAUAUACUGCAGAAAUUAAAGCAAAUCUGGAUGAACAAACACGCCUUAAGAAACAGUUGGAUGAUGAAAAUGCUGCCCAUGAUAUGAAACUGAAGAGCACUAAAACUGAGAUGGAAGCUAAGCUGAAAACACAAGAAACAAAGAUGGAAAAGUUCAAACAGAAAGCCAAAGAAAUGCAGGAGAACUUUAAGAAAAAGCUGCAGCAGAAUGAAGAAAACAUGAAGAAGGAACUCGCAAAGAAGGAGAUGGAGCUUCAGCAGAAAGAGCAGCAAGUUCAAGAAAAAAUUGUGGAGAUGGCUCAGAAAAGUUCCCAAGGCCUUAGUAGUGCCGUGUCGGAACUCCAGGCCAACCAUAAGGAAGAACUGGAGAAACUCCAUGCUGCCCAUAAGCAUGAGGUUGAUAAGUUGGAACAUCACUGGCAGGACAAGUUGGCACAGCAGGAGGAAGAACUGAUGGAGAAACAUUCACUUGUACUACAGGAGAAGGGUCAAGAGCUGGAGGAAGUAUCUCAGCAGCUUACCCAAAGCAGAGCAGAAAAUGAACAAGUACUGAGUGAAUUAAAGAAUUUAAAGGAGGACCUGGCAAUCAGAGAAACCACUGUGCAGAAGCUGCAAGAAGAACUUAAUGAAGCAGCUGUUAAGCUUGAAGGUUUGUCUCAGGUUGAAGCUUUCCUAAAAGAAAAAAUGGAGUCAGCAGAGCGGAACCUCAACCAGGCUCUGAAUGAGAGAAACGCCCUCCAAGACAAGCUGGCUACAGCAGAGGAAGAGAACACGGAGGUGGUGAAAAGUUUGUCCGAUAAACUAAACAAAACAGAACAACAGCUUCAAGCCUUAGAAAGUUCUAGGUGUAGGGAAACUGGGGACUUGCAGAGUAAAUUUGAGGAAACUUCCAUUCAGCUACAAGCUACCGAAGCAGAAUUCCAGCAGCAAUUAAUCAUGAUCAUCAACAAAAUGGACCAUUACUGUCAGGAGGUUCAGUCCAAAGUAGAGUGUGCCUCUAACGAACUCCAACAGCGAGUUGAAUGUCGAGUGAAAGAGCUGAACGAUAGACUGCUGUGUAGUCAGGACAAGGUAGGGCAUCUAAAAAACACUGUCCUCACUAAAGUAGGUAAAAUUAGCACUUUAGAGGAGAAUCUUCGCCAGCACACGGAGGAGAAUAAAAAUCUAUGCAUUUCAUUAGAACAGACAACCGCUCAGGUAAAUGCGCACAUGGAGCAUAUCGAAGCCUUAACGCUAGAAAGGGAGAACCAUUCUCACUCUGUCAGCGGACAAGUCCGGAAAAUUGAGGAGCUGAGUGAAGCAAACAGAAUUAUAUCAGAAAAUCUGAAAACAAAUGAGCAGCAUAUCACAGACUUGGAAAGCAUCAUUACUGACUUGAAAAAUCAGCUUGCAAGUAGCAUAAAAGAGAAGGAGGAAGCCAUAAAUCAUCUGAAGCAGCAGAAUGAAGAGCAGAGACAAGAAGCUGCUGCUCAGAUGAAGGAGACUAUGGAGAGAUUAGAGCAGGAGAGGAAAUCUGCUUUAGAGCAGGCAGAUGUGCUCAGGAACAGCUUGUCUGAGUAUGAAAGCAAGGCAGAGACAAAGUUCACCCAGAAUGACAACACUAUUAAGUCUCUGCAGACAAGGCUUGAAAAAUUGGAGCAAGAAAUCUCUGAAAAGAAUGAAACCCUACAAAGGCUAGAGGCAAAUAUUGACAAUCAAUCCAUCAGCAAGUCUGAGAUGGACCAGCUGUUGAGUGAAAAAGAGCAAAAAGUCAGCGACCUUACUUUGGAGCUUGAGAGAUGCAUCGAUCGACUCAGUGCUCUUCAGGAUCAGUUAGCAUUAAAGACAAAAGAGUGCGAACAGCUUACAUCUGACCUCAAACAGCAAAACAGCAUCAGGGAGAAUGAAAAGAAAGAGUUGGUGGAGCAGCUGCAGCAGAUCCAGAUGCAGUGCACUCAGAAUGGUAAUAUGGAGGAAGAGAUGGUAGAAAAACUUCACUCCCUUGAGGAGGACAACCAGAAGUACAAACACAAGCUUGAAAGUCAAAGAGAGGAAUUUGAAAAGAUAAAAGAGGAGAUUACCAAGAGCAAGGAGGAGAGUCUGAAGGCAGCCAAGGAAAGGUUCUCUGCAGAGAGUGCUCGGAAAAUAUCAGAGCUGAAGAAGAAAGCCGAGCAGAAAAUUAGUCAGAUUAAAAAACAACUAACGGCCCAGCUUGAGGAAAAAGAGCAGGCGAUCACGGCUCUUCAGAGCAGCCUGGAGCAAAACAAGAGCAUCGAGCCUUCAGGCAAAAAACAAAUAGAAACAUUAGAAGAAAAAACUAGGACUUUAGAAGAAGCUCUUGCCAGACUUAAGGAAGAGCAGGAGAAGGAACUUGAACAUAUUCGGAAUAAUGAGCGACUUGAGAAAGAAAAGUCUUUAGAGGAGUUGAAAACCAUGUAUGAAAACAAGCUGGUCUCACUUCAGGGAAACGAUGUACAACAAGUGGAGCUCAAACAAACUGAAUCAGAGCUGUACGAAAUCCAGGCGAAGCUGAAAGAGGCAGAAGAGCAGAACGGAAAACUUGUCGUAGAAAUAAAUCGUCUAAAAGAGGAAAUGUGCGAGAAAGAUGCCCAGCUUCAUCGUCAUCAUCAGGCUGAGGUGAAAGUGGAAUGCAGCAGUAUACAGCAAGCUGCGAGUUUGAUGGAGAACCACUCUCCCGUUCAAGAGGUGGAUGACGAUGAUUCUCCGACAUCUCUUAAAAAUAAACUGAGUCUGAUGAAGAAUGAUAAAGAGAAAAUCCAAAAGGACUUCACCCGGCUACAGAAAGACAUUCGAUUACUGAGGAAGGAGCAUGAACAAGACCUGGAGUACAUGAAGAAAGAGCUGUUGGAGGAAAGUGAGAAAAAGUUAAAACUGGAAUUGGAGGAUGUGGAAAUGAAGCACAACUCUGCUAUUAAACAGUUAAUGAGGGAGUUCAACACACAGAUGGCUUUAAAAGAGAAGGAGCUUGAUACAGCUGUGAAGGAGGCUAUUGUCAAAGCCCAGACGGUUGAAGAGGAGCUAAUCAGUUGCCAUCGUGAUGAAGCCAGUCAGCUAAAGAUGGUGAUUUCCCAGAAAGACGACGAUUUGCACAGAACUGUUCAGAAAUAUGAGGAGGUUAUACAGAAUCGAGAGCUAGAGAUGGGAGACAGAGUGUGGCAGGUUCAGAAACAACUAGAAGAAAUGCAAGCACGCUGCCCGGGCACUUCUGAGGUAAAGAUGACCUCAGAGGACCUGCAGGCUCAGCUCGCUGAGAAGACGACUUUACUGAGCGAAGCUCGGCUGAAGGAGCAAGGUUUUAUUGAGAAAAUUCACUCGCUUGAGGACAAGAUUAAAUUUCUCCAUCGCAGCACAGUUGUAACUCAUCUCGGGAGUACAUUCAAAGAUCCUGGAAUCAACAUCCCUGAUGCUUUCUCAGAGCCCACUGAGAUGGAGUACCUGAGAAAGGUGCUGUUUGAAUACAUGAUGGGACGGGAAACAAAAACAAUGGCCAAAGUAAUUACCUCCAUGCUCAAGUUUCCUCCAGAACAAGUGCAGAAGGUUUUGGACAAAGAAGAUUCUAAAACAAUUCCUUGGUUACGAUGAGUGUUUGAUUUGGUCACAUCUUGAUGAAGAUCUGCUGCUGCUAGCUGCUGCUGAAGGAGAAGACUGCCAUGGAUUAUAUAUCAAGCCCUUCUCUCUGUAUCUCAUGUCUUUUUAUCUGUAUGUUUGUGGGUGUGUAUGUGUGCGAGCACAGUCUGGGACAUAAUGGUGGUAUGCGUGUGAUGAUGUAUGUGUGAAUACAUCUAAAGGUAUGAGCGAAUUAUAGAUUUUGACAGAAACCUAAAUCUUCCAUAAUGUUGUUUUUCUUUUACAUAAAAUUAAGUUUGUCAAUUUACGCUUUAGAUAAAGAAAAUGGUUCUUUUGGUUUAGGUUGUGUUAUUACAGAUUGGCUUGUGCAAUAAAUGAAAUGAUCACAUACUUAUGCUGACGGUCAGUUGAUUUAUAGGAUUCUGUGUUGUGCUGUUGUCUGAAUCGCUUCCUCUGUAAAACUGUAAACGACCCUUUAACUGUGCACUCGCACCACAUUAAGAUACUGGCCUCUGGACCUUGUUUGUUUAACACAGCUUUUUAUGCUUUAUAUUUGACACUGAGAAAAACCCCAGUGUAAAUUGUUUUAUGAGAAUUAAAGGUUUACUAUAGGGCACUUAAUGACUUGCUAUACAUUUUCAGAUUAAUUAAAUCUUAUUUACAAAA